ACUUUUCCAGCGAGCGCACGUUUGUUUUUGCUUUGCGUUGCGGUCUAUUUUAAUUUGUAUUUGGCGUAAAAGUGGGAAAACUAGAUACGAAAUGUCCGCCGGAGUGGAGGACAUCAAGCUGGAGGCCCUGUCUCUCAGCGAGGGAAUCCGGGAGUCACCCGUCUGCAUAAUCGUGCUGGGAAUGGCCGGCAGUGGCAAGACCACGUUCACCCGGAGCCUCAUCCAGCACGCCCAGAAGGAAUUCAACCCGUACGUAGUCAACCUGGAUCCUGCGUGCCGCGAAGUGCCGUAUGCGACCCACGUGGACAUCAGGGACACGGUUAACUACCGGGAGGUGAUGAAGCAGUACCAGCUGGGUCCAAACGGCGGCAUUGUGACCGCCCUAAACAUGUUCACCACAAAGAUGGCCCAGUUUGCGGAGCUAGUGCGCCGUGCCGGCGAGCGGGGACACAAGUGGUGUGUGAUCGAUACGCCCGGACAGAUUGAGGUGUUCACCUGGUCCGCAUCCGGGAAUAUAAUCACCGAGGGACUGGCCACUAUGUUUCCCACUAUUGUUGUCUAUGUAAUGGACGUGGUGCGCAGCGCCUGUCCUACUACAUUCAUGUCCAACAUGCUCUACGCCUGCUCUAUUCUGUACAAGACGCGUUUGCCCUUUCUGGUGGCGCUAAAUAAGAUCGACCUGCAGGAUUGCAGCUUUGUGCUGGACUGGAUGACGGACUUUGAGACCUUCCAGGAGGCUCUGGAGCAGGAACAGAGCUUCGUGAGCAACCUCACGCGCACCAUGUCGCUCACCUUGGACACCUUUUACGAGAACCUUAGCACUUGCGGCGUGUCGGCCAAGACGGGCGUGGGUUUUGCCCAGCUUCUGAAAAAGAUUCUGGACUGCGUGACCCAGUACGAGCAGGAUUACAAACCGGUGUACGAGAAGAUGCGGCAGGAGCGACUGGCGGAGCAGGCAGCUGGUCCAAGGCCAACUGACAAUGUGGAAGAAGCCGGCGUAGCCGUGCCUCUGGGACUGGGUCUUCAAGACCCACACCCGAACUCCAAAAACAGCGUGUUUCUAAUGGCACCUGGUCUGGUGCCUCAAUCCGCUGAGGAUGACGAAAAUGAUAUGGAGGAGGACGCAAAGGGCACCAUGGAGGACCAGAACUUCCACAGCUUCGUCCAAAAUCACCUGGACGCCCAGCAAAGCAAGCGGGACAAACUGCAGCAGAAACAGCCACAACCCUAAAGUGAUAUGGAAAACAUUUCAGUUAGCAUCGGUUAAGAUUGGUUCCCAUUUAAAUAUAGAAUAAAAGGUUACUUUUUAAAUUACGUA